AUGACCUCUGUAGCAAAAAGACAUUUGAUGUUUUCAGGGUUGGAUCUACAUGCUGAAAACGCCCAACUUGCACAGCAGUUGGCCUUGCUGGCUGGCCAGAUAGCUCAGCUUCAAGGGCAUGCUACCACCCUCCCCCAGCCUCAGGGGAAAUGUACGGUUGCCAUGCUGGAUAAGUUUGACAGCAACCAAGCCAUGUUUCCAGCUUUCUUGGGACAAUGCCAGCUUUUUAUCAGUCUGAGAGAGAAGGACUUUCCCACUGACCGGGCUAAAAUGGGGUUUAUCAUCAGCUUACUUUCAGGCUCUGCAGCUCGUUGGGCUAUUCCUUUGUUGACCCAGGCUAGCCCUUUGCUGGACGAUUUCAGGGGGAUUUGUAAUCACCUCAGACUCAUGUAUGAGGACCCCAUUUAG